AUGUCCAGCAGACCACUCACCAAUUCCAACUACUCCGACAAUGGUGGGGAGCUGGAACAGUAUAUUGUCUCAUUACGGCAAGCUGUUCAUGGUCUGCCAGAAGGAAGUUCCGAACGAUCUCGUCAUCUUUACAAGGUCGCCAACCUCCUCCGUGAGCAUUAUAUCGCUUCAAAUGGAGAAAAAGGUCCUAUAGAGGCUCUUUCUGUUGCUCGUGAAGCGGUAAAAGCCAUUCCCGAUGGCAGUCCGAUGGCUGCAACAUGUUUAAAUAACCUAGGACGCCUGCUCCGUCACAAGUUCGUCUUCGAGAGAGACCCAAGAGACCUUGAUGAGGCCGUUGAGGUUUUCAGGCGGUCUGUUGAUGUAUCGAAAGAAGAUGACUCAUCUUGGCCCCAAUGGUUAACGGAUCUCUGA